UAAUCUAAUAUAUGGUAUACGGCGCUAUACAGUGGAACUUUUAGAACCUUCUUUAGUUCAAAAAAAUGAAAACCCUAAUGACCUAAUCACUUAAUCAGAUCUCUCUCAAGUCUCUCUACAGCCGACAUCGACAGCUUCACCGCACAGCCACUCCGCCGGCCAUCCACCGCACAGCCACUCCGCCGGCCAUCCACCGCACAGCCACUCCGCCGGCCAUCCACCGCACCGACAGCUUCACCGCACCGGCAUCCACCGCACAGCCACUCCGGCGUUCAAAAUUAAGAAAUUCAAUAUGAGUGAUUCUCAAAAGAAGGUGGGAAAGAAGAAGGAUAAGAAGUCCUAUCCGGAGUCAGAUUCUGUCAAAAUUGAUCUAGAAAAUGAUAGCUCAAUGAAUAUGGAUGUGGAAGAUGAUGAAGUUCACUCUGUGGAGGUAGAUGAUACAAACGAUAGUGAUGAUAACAAAUCAGGAGUAAAGAGACAACGAAAGGAAAGAUCUAUUGUGUGGCAAUACUUCACUAAACUUAAAAAGAAAGCAGUCGGUGGAAAAGUUCCAAGCAAGUGCAACAAAUGUAAUCAUAUUAUCAUAUAUGAUAGCAAGCAAGGUACGGGGAAUAUUUCGAAACACAUAAAAUCUUGCUAUGGUUCUAGUUUCAAAGAUGUUGGUCAAAUGAUUUUAAACAGUGACAUGAAAUUAAAGUCAUCUACGUUUUCUCAAAGUAUGUUCCGCGAGAUGCUUGUAGCUGCUAUCGUUAUGCAUGAGUUACCUUUGUCAUUUGUAGAUUAUAAGGGAUUUAGAGAUUUAUUUAAGUAUCUGCAACCCGAUGUCAAUAUCAUCUCUAGAAAUACUGUGAAAUCUGAUUUACUGAAAAUGUAUAAGAGAGAAAAGGAAAAGGUCAAAGAAAUGCUUAUGGAAUCACCUGGGAGGUUGUGCCUAACUUCAGAUUUGUGGACGUCUAUUGCUACUGAUGGGUAUUUAGCAAUUACAGUUCACUUUAUGGAUAAACAAUGGGUUUUGCAAAAAAGAGUGUUAUCAUUUUCUUUCAUGCCACCACCUCAUACCGGUGUUGCUUUGUGUGAAAAAGUGUUUUCUAUUCUAGUAGAGUGGGGCAUAGAAAAUAAAAUAUUUUCUAUGACAUUAGAUAAUGCUUCUUCUAAUGACACUUUUAUUGGGCUUUUAAGAGAACAACUAAAUAAAAAAUUACCACUUGUUUCUAGGGGUAAUUUUUUUCACUUGAGAUGUUGUGCACAUAUUUUGAACUUGAUUGUGCAAGAUGGGUUAAAGCAAAUUGAUGAGUGUAUUUACAAAGUGAGAGAGAGUAUAAAGUAUGUGAAAGGGUCGCAACAAAGGAAGGAAAAGUUUAUAGAGUGUGUUCAGUUGCUUUCUUUGAAAAGGAAAAAGGGGUUAAGGCAAGACGUUGUUACUAGGUGGAAUUCUACUUUUUUAAUGCUUGAUGGUGCCCUUUUUUAUCGACGCGCCUUUUGCCAUUUAGAAUUGAGUGAUUCUAAUUAUAAGCAUUGUCCGAAUGCAUUGGAGUGGGAAAAGAUUGGAAAGAUGUGCUCUUUUCUUGGAGUGUUUUAUGAUAUCACAAAUGUUUUUUCGGGUAGCAAAUACCCAACUGCAAACUUGUAUUAUCCACAUGUUUUUAUGGCUUACUUGACUUUGAAAGAGGGUAUGGGUUCAGAAGACGAGUAUAUGAGAAAAAUGGCUGACUUGAUGAUGACAAAGUUUCAGAAAUAUUGGUCUGAUUUUAGUCUUACUUUAGCCAUAGCUGUGGUGUUGGAUCCUAGAUACAAAUUGCACUUUAUCGAGUGGAGUUAUUCACAAGUUUAUGGACGUGAUAGCAAGGAAUAUGAAUAUGUUGAUGAGGUUUUGCACUCUACUUUUCAUGAAUAUGUUGAGUUAAAUAUGGAUGGUGGUUCUUCUACAACUUCAAAUGUCGCAAGUACUUCAGAAGCUAGCAAAGGGGUUGAGGAUACGGUAGAUGAUGAUUCAACAAGUGUCUUUGGAGUUAGAGCUAGACUUAAGGAUUUUGAUCAGUUUCAAAGUAAAGAUUUUCUAGCUAACAAAAAAUCAGAAUUGCAAUUGUAUUUGGAUGAGUCAAGAGUUGAUAGGAACUCGAAUUUAGAUGUUUUGACUUUUUGGAAAGCCAACGAGUUUAGAUAUCCCACGCUUGCAAGGAUGGCACGAGACUUUUUGACAAUUCCGGUUUCAACCGUCGCAUCGGAGUCCACAUUUAGUGCAAGUGGAAGAGUUCUUAAUGAACAUCGAAGCUCGCUUGGUAAAGAUACCGUUGAGGCUCUAAUAUGCACAAAGGAUUGGUUAUAUGGAGAUUAUUGUUCUAACGAAGUUAAUUUAGAUGAGCUCACUGAAGAUAUAAUGUCACUUGAUAUUAGUGGAGAAUCAAAUGCUUCAAACUCAAUGAACAAUUCUAAGGUAACCACUCCAAAUGCUUCGAGUAGUGUUGCUAAAAAACAAUGAACAAUCAUAAGGUUUGAAUUGUUGGAACUAAAGAUCUGAGAAGAGAACCAUGGGAAAUUUGAAGUUGUUUUUAAUGGAUGUUUUGAAUUAUUAAGUCUUUUGUGAUUUGUCGUUUAUGGAUUUGUUUUAAACUUGUUAAGUAUUCGGUGUUUAUGGAUUAUUUAAGCUGUUUGUGAGCUUUUGGCGAGUUUUGUUUCACUAAAUAGGUUCUAAAUAUGUGAUUAUUCUAGUCUUCGUUAACAGGUACUAACAGGUAAUUUUCGUGUAUAUCGUGUCGUGUUC